AUGGAACCUUUUAUGACAAUAAUGGUUGCAAUGGACGAAAAUAACGGUAUUGGGCUAAACAAUAUUCUACCAUGGUGUUUACCAGGUGACUGGAAUUGGUUUUUAACAAUCAGUACAAACACAAUUGAUCCAAAGAAGCGUAAUGCUGUUAUAUUUGGGCGUUUAUCAUAUGAAUCACUUUUAAAACAGGAUAGGUCUCCCUUGAAACAUUGGCAUACAAUUGUUAUCUCGUCAAACUCCGAAGCAAUAAAACAGCAAUCGAGUGAAACUAGUGUUACUGUUGUUCCCACAUUCGAACGGGCAGCACAAUAUUCCUAUGAUAUGUUCCACAAUGCAGAUCAAAAUAUAGAAAAUGUUUACGUUCUCGGUGGUGUACAGGUAUAUGAUCAAGCAGUAAAAUUAAAAUUAGUUAAACGUAUAUAUUUGACACGAAUUUUUGCUACUUUCAAUUGUGAUACAUAUUGGACAACAUUAGAUUUAUCUGGUUUCAAGCCUGUUAAACGAAAUUCGAACGAAAUCUUGUCAACUGAAGAUGGUCAAAUUAAGGAAGAAAAUGGUUGUAAAUAUCAAUUCCAAAUUUAUGAAAUUGCUUAA